AUGAACGUCUGUGCUACCAGGGAACUCUUACAGUCUCUAGGGUUUAGGAUCAAUUUAGAUGAGUGUCAUCUAUUACUAGCGACUGAACAAAAAUUCUUGGGAUUUAUUAUAAAUUCUCAGUUGAUGUCAAUUAGCUUGACAGCAGAAAAACGGACAAAGAUCUUGAAUCUGGCAGUGAGUUUUAAGAACAGAAAUUCUUGUCGUAUUAGGGAACUUGCCCAAUUCAUUGGAAUUUUAAUUCCAGCCUGUCCAGCAGUUGAAUAUGGCUUUCUUUACACAAAGAUCUUGGAGAGACAAAAAUUCUUAGCAUUGGACAAAUUUUAUAGCAAUUACGAAGCUAAAAUGACCUUAGCCCCCCUGUUAGCUGCAGAUCUCAAUUGGUGGAUCAAUAACAUAAACAGUACUUCCAGCACAAUCAGAGACGACUACUACGAGAUGGAAAUUUAUUCAGAUGCAUCUCGUUCGGAUUGGGGUGCCGCUUGGGAAAAGAAAAAGACCCGUGGAUGGUGGAAUUCGGUAGAGCAGAAUUAUCAGAUUAAUUUUCUCGAAUUAAAGGCAGCCUUUUACGGGUUGAAGUGCUUUGCGAAAGAUCUCAAGUCAUGCCAGAUACUUUUAAGAAUCGAUAACACCACUGCUAUUUCUUACAUUAACAAGAUGAGUAGCAUUCAAUUCCCAAACCUGUCGAUUCUGAGCAGGGAAAUAUGGCAGUGGUGCGAAAAGAAAAACAUUUGGAUUUUCGCAUCUCAUAUUAGUUCGAGCCGAAAUUUUAUUGCCGAUAAAGAGUCAAGAAUUUCAUCGGAAGAGACUGAGUGGGAGUUGGCGGAUUAUGCAUUUAGGAAAGUUAACCUUAUUUUUGGGAAGUUUGAUGUGGACUUAUUUGCCACGCUUAAUAACACUAAAUGUUCGACCUUUUUCUCAUGGUUCCCAGAUCCGUCAGCUGCAGCAGUAGAUGCAUUUACGGUCUCGUGGUCCCGUUUCUUUUUUUAUGCUUUUCCCCCGUUUUCUCUCAUUAUGAGAACGUCGAGAAAAAUUACUAGAGAUAAGGCGGAGGGAGUUCUUGUAGUCCCUCAUUGGCCCUCUGAAGCUUGGUUUCCUCUUUUUAAGAGCUUAUCUAUAUCUGAGCCUACAAUCUUUUCCAACAUGGCGCUCACUUUCCCUGGUAGCGACCAGAUUAUCAGGAAAGCCUUCCUCCUCCAAGAUGUACCGAGAUCGGCCCCAGAUACUACUAUGGCCUCCUUAAGCCAGGCAACAUUAAAGCAAUACGAGAGGCCAGUCUCACUUUGGUGGAAAUUUUGUCAACAUACACAAGUUUCAGUUUUCUCUCCACCUCGAAGAUCGGUGUUGGAAUUCUUGACAAUAUGUGCAACAAACUUAGGUUCUUACAGUUCGUUAAAUACAUAUCGUUCUGCCAUUUCCUUGAUAACCAUGACUAACGUAGGCCAGGAUCAGUUUGUAAAAAGAUUUAUGAAAGGAUUUGCAACUCAAAAACCACCCAGACCCAAGUAUAACGAAACCUGGGAUCCAAGUAAAGUCCUGGACCACAUUUCUCAAUUUUACCCAAAUUCAGAAUUAUCAUUCGAGAAAUUAUCCGAAAAAUUGGUUGUUCUUUUAGCUCUUAUUACGGCUCAAAGAGUUCAGACAUUGUCUCUUAAAGAGUCGAGAACAUUCGGCCUGAAUCGUAAUCAACCCCGGUUGAUCAUUCCGGCAUUUAAAGAGAAACUUCAGCUUUGUCCAGUACAAACCCUACGCGACUAUUUAGAUAAAUCAAAAGCCCUUAGUUCGCCCAGGGAUCCUUUUCUGAUUGUCAUUACUAAAGCGCCUUAUACUCAUGCCUCUUCUCAAACGAUUAGCCACUGGAUUAAAAAAGUCCUCAACGACAGUGGCAUUGACAGGACCCUUGCGGCCCAUAGUACUAGACAUGCCUCUACAUCAGCGGCUGCACGCCAAGCACUUGUUCCACAAGGCCGAGAAGGUGCAAAAAAAUCAGGGUGA